GGAAGCGACAACCCCAAAACUAUUGCAGGAAGACUGGAGGAAGAGACAGAGGAGGCCGAAAUCAAACGGGGCAACAAAAAAAAAAUUGGUCACUUUACAUCAGAUCCACUGCCGGUCUGUAGGUCUGCACCAACCUCAGUCUGGACCCGACCUGCCCCUCCCGAACCCGGGUCUGAGAGAGUUAAGACGUGGCACAUUCAUGAGUAUGUCCUCCUCAUAGAGCUAAAGAAAGCUUCACCUGCCUCUCAGAAGAAACAGACGAGUCUGUUUGAUCUUUGCCAUGGCUAAUGCCGCCAGCCUCCAGUAUGAGCCAGUGGCAGAGAUUGGAGGAGGCGCUUACGGGACGGUUUAUAAGGCCCGAGACACGGAGAGCGGACAGUUUGUGGCUUUGAAAAGCGUCCGUGUCCAGACUGACCAAAACGGCCUCCCGCUCUCCACAGUCAGAGAGGUGGCUCUGCUGAGAAGACUGGAGCAGUUUGACCACCCCAAUGUGGUCCGGUUAAUGGACGUAUGUGCCACCCAGAGGUCAGAUCGGGAAACUAAAGUCACUCUGGUGUUUGAACAUGUGGACCAAGACCUCAAGACGUACCUUGAGAAAGCCCCAGCCUCAGGACUGUCACCUGGGCACAUUAAAGACCUGAUGAGGCAGCUGCUGUGCGGUGUUGCAUUCCUGCAUUCAAACCGUGUGAUGCAUCGAGACCUGAAACCAGAGAAUAUUCUGGUGACCAGCCAGGGCCAAGUGAAGCUUGCUGACUUUGGUCUGGCCAGGAUCCACAGCUGCCACAUGGCCCUCACUCCUGUGGUGGUCACGCUGUGGUACCGACCUCCUGAGGUUCUGCUGCAGUCCAGUUAUGCCACGCCUGUUGACAUAUGGAGCACCGGCUGCAUCUUUGCAGAAAUGUUCAGGCGCAAACCCUUGUUCUGCGGGGAAUCAGAAGUGGACCAACUUGGGAAAAUCUUUCAAAUGAUCGGCUUGGCACCAGAGGAGGAGUGGCCGACUGAUGUUACACUCUCUAGGAAAAACUUCCCUGUAUUCUUACCUCGACCAAUCACUGACUUUGUUCCAGAGAUAAAUGAGCAGGGGGCAAAACUAAUGCAGGAGAUGCUGACCUUCGACCCCUUUAAACGAAUCUCUGCCCUGAAUGCUCUAGAACAUCCAUAUUUCCGAGAGGAGGAGACAUUGACUCAGACAAAAAGCUGAAAAGAUGCAGCGAAAUCUUCAGCGAGAGGUAACAGUGUCUACGUUUAGACCUGGCCUAACCAUAAAGGAUUUAAGUUUCAUUCCAUGCCUUUCAAGACUUCUGGGUUGUUGCUUUGGGAUAUUUUAUUUUUGUCACCCCUGCAUCAUAAAGGAUUAAAGUCUGUGAGAGAUGGAAUAAAAAGAAGAGGAAAGGAUCACUGGCAUGCUUCCCAACAUGUAAAUGUCACAACUAAUGGUGUAAACAUGUCGUGUCUUCGAGGACAGUAACCAGUGGUUUUGAUGUUGAAUAUCUGUUUGGGUCUCGUCAGCCAGGACAGAUGCACAGAAACGCUUGUCAUCUCCUCUCAAAUGCUGCUCUUGUUGUUUUUUUUGUACCGAGUUUAGACAGAAGGAAGCACAGACGUCAUUUUAUCUUGUAAUAGGCUGAACAAAGUGUGACAGAUGACACCUCGGGUUUAUGAGAGCCAGUUGUUAGUGAUCUUACUGUAUUUGUGUUAAUAUUUAAGACCAUGAUCCUGUGACAGAAACGGAGCUGCACCAAAAUCAUGAGAAAAAAUAGAGAAUAAUAAAGAGAAAAAAUACUGGUGUUCCCCUUAAAUACUCUCACAAAGUGAAAGAAAUGGUUUUCCUGAAAUCGCCCAGCUCUGCAACAACAUCAAAAACGAUUAAAAGACAACAUUUUUAAUCACAAACUUCACUUGUGUUUUAUUAUGAAGAUUGAAAUCUACAUUAAAUGGAAUUGUGAUAACAUGAA